GUCCCGUCGCCUUUUCGGCUGCCUUUCUGCCUUUUCAUGGUGCGCCCGACCUGAAUGUCUCUCUCCGCACCACCCACCACCCUUCAGGUGCAUCCAUCCAUCCCGAUGCAAACUGUCGUAUUGGAUUCCUCCACCACAUCUUUCCUUCCUUCACUUCCCAUCGUCUUCUGUUCUGUCUUCCUCAGACAGCAUUCAACUUACCUUCCUCAACGAUCAAUAUUCUCCCAUCCUCGAGGGAAUCCACCAAAUUCAACCCCCCGGCGCGCAGACGCUUUGACGGCUAGGACCAAACGUGAGCAACGCCAUCUGUCACCUCCGAUAAACCGACCGCCAUCUCGUCCCAUCUCGUCCUAUCCCUUCCUGUCCCUUGCCAUUUCCCCACCCCGCGUUGGCCAUUUCCUUCCGCAAGGCAACACCAGCUGGCAAGUACGCAGCGUCGAGCACCUUCUCGGUAAGCUGGGCCAGGCAGACAGGUACAGGGCCACAGGCAACACCUGCCGCCGACCGACCCUGACGACGCACCCGAGAAAAUAGCCUUUGACGACGUCCCGUCACCUACCUUGCCUGAGUACCCAUCCACCUCACUUCACCUCACCACAAUCCUCCCGCACAUCCCAAAGGCCCGACCAGACAUAGCGCCGACAGUACCACAGACGUCG